AUGGAGAGCCUCAAUCAAAGCACCACUCAGGAGCUCAUCUUCUCUGCUUUCCCUCAUUCCUGGGAAUGUUCUGUCACCUUUGUUUCACUGCUCUUCAUUUACACUUUCAUUGUCUUUGGAAACCUGGUCAUCAUCACAGUGGUCCAGCUGAAUGUUCACCUCCACACUCCCAUGUACUUCUUCAUCAGCACCCUUUCUUUCCUGGAGAUCUGGUACACCACAUCGACCAUACCAAAGAUGUUCACCAGCCUGCUGAGUGAAAAAAAGAGCAUUUCCUUAAAUGGUUGUCUCCUGCAGAUGUAUUUCUUCCAUUCCACUGGCAUCAGCGAGGUUUGUCUCUUGACAGCUAUGGCAUUUGACCGCUACCGGGCCAUCUGUAGCCCUCCUCAUUAUCCCACUAUCAUGACCCCUAGGCUGUGUGCCCAACUGACUUUCAGUUGCUGUGUUUGUGGUUUCAUCACACCCCUCCCUGAGAUUGCCUGGAUCUCCACACUGCCAUUUUGUGGCUCAAAUCACCUUGAGUAUAUCUUUGACUUCCUCCCUGUGCUACUCUUGGCCUGCACAGACCCACUAGCCAUCGUCAUGAUUCAGGUAGUGGAUGUUGUCCAUUCAGUGGAGAUUAUUACAGCCGUGAUGCUCAUUUUCAUGUCCUAUGUUAGUAUUGUGGCUGUAAUUCUACGUAUUCGGUCAGCUGAAGGCUGACGCAAGGCAUUUUCCACAUGCAUUUCCCACCUCACUGUUUUUCUGCUCUUCUUCGGCAGUGUGGCCCUCAUGUACCUUUGCUUCUCUGCCACCUACUCCUUAUUUUGGGAUACAGUCAUUGCUCUGGCCUUUGCAGUUUUUCCGCCCUUCUUCAACCCCAUAAUCUAUAGUCUGAGGAAUAAAGAAAUAAAGGAAGCUAUAAAAAAACAUUGGGGUCAAGCUAAAAUCUUUUUUCAUAAGACCAAGUACUUCAAGUAA